GAAUGUUCUUGUUGAAUUCGUUGAAUCAUUUUAUAGCAUAGUACGAAUACGUGAAAAAAAAUCAAUUCUAAAGUGAUUUUAUUUGAAAAAUAAGUUAGUAAUUUUCAGUAAUCGAUUUUUUCAAUUCAACUAAAAUCAAUGAAAAUUUGAAGAAGAAUUUGCGAAAGCUACACACGAACCAAAUUGUACGUAAAAUCCAGAGUCAAUGGAGUUGGAUUUUACGUGAACCACUUUCACUACCUUGAAUGGCCGGACCACGGAGUGCCAUCGAAAGAAUCGUUUCUUAAUUUUUAACGUGUUGUACGUGAGUACUACAAUAGAUUUGAAUUUAAAUCACGGAUGGUCGUCCAUUGUAUUGCGGGGGUAGAACGUACUGGUACUUAUAUCAUGGUGGAUAGUAGAAAGGAGAAUCCCAAGGAGAUGUCUGUUGCUGAACAUUUGCAAAUGGUUGGGUGUCAACGUGCGUUUGCGGUUACAUCGCUUGAACAAUAUAAUUUUAUUAAAGACGUUGCAGGACAAUAAUUUAUUCGUUCAAUCCUUUUUUUCAAAUAUGCGCACCAGGCAAUUAUGAUUUCCAAAUAUAAUCAAUGAGCAUAGAUGAAGUACAAGAAAAAUAUCAAGUAUUGUGUUCCUUUUUAAAAUAAAUCUUUUCUAUCGAAUAUCGCAAUGUCACAAAAAAUUGAUAAUAAAUAUAACACUGAAUGUUUAUUUUAUUAUUUUAUUUUAUUUUAUUAAACACCGCCAAGCUCUGGCUGAAUAUAAUGUGGGUUCUGAUUGAGGUUUGGCCGGAAAAGAGUGCAAGACUGUUACAUAUUUAAAAUAAUAAACAAUUAGUAGCAAUAGGUUUCGAUAACUAUCAGUUCUCGCCUCGUUAAAAACCUGGCUCUUUUCGUACAUCAUGCGGUAUUCACAAUAGUAGGAACAUGAAAACGAAAACAGUCAUACAACCAAGAUGGAAAUGCUUGAUAUUAGUCUAUAGUAAACGGUCCAGGAUAACCUUUGGUAAACGUUUCCAAAGGGACAAAGGCUAUGUGAAGCGUUAACUGUUACGCGUUAAAUUUAGACUUUGAGACUGCAAAAGUCGUCACUUAAUUUAUCCGAUAGAUAAAUUGAUGAGAAGUUUUACGUCGGUUAAGGCAGAUCCAUGUUGAUUGCAGAGUGCAUUGAGUUGACAUGGACCAUGAUUUGAAACGUAACUAGAUAAUUUGAUGCUAAAUGGUAAAUAAUUCAAAAUUGACUUGAAAGAUAAGAAUAUUAACUUGCCAACUUCGUGGCUACAAAAAAGCACAAAAUCAAAAUAAAAAUUUACAAUAAAUAAUGUAAACAUCACAGAUAAGUAUCAUCUUUUCAAUACACAUAAAAGAAUGUAUGGAAAAAUUCGUCAGUCUUUAAAUAUUGAUUAUGCUGUGUGAUCCGUGUGAGAUGAGUUGAAUUGCACGUGGGUGGUUGGAACCUGGGACAGCCCCGCUCAUGUUUGUUGCAAUCAGAAGCAACCCAAAUGGCACCCGGGCAGUAUGCUUUGUCCUUGAUGAAUUCGUCCGCUUUGGAUCAUAGAUCGGGUUUGUUGGCAACAUAAAAAUCGCAAUUUCAUCAUUAAUGUGGGCAGUAUCAAGGUGUUCUCGUGGAGAACAUAUACAAAAAAUGAGGUUACCUGGAUGAAAAAUUGACUGGGUGGCCAGGUAGUCAUUUGAGUUUGCAUAGCGAUCCAAAAGUGGUGUCCGUCAUUUUGCGAACCGAUGAUGCAAAAUUUUUCUUGGAGGUCGCUGCUGUAAAACACGAUCUGUAAAGACGGAGGUCGCUGCUGUAUCUCGUUGGAGAAUCAAUUUCAGCAUUUUUUUUCAGAACAAAACGUAUUUGAGGGGAAAAUUUCAUCAGUGAUAAUUCUAUUCCUCAAACCAUUUAUAUUGUGACCGGUGAAUCAUAUGUGCACGCAAAAAAAUUUCUUGUAAUCUUAGAAUUUAUUGUUUUGUUAUUUCCUUUUCAAUGUGCAUCAAAUAGCUUAUUCAUUGUGUUUGAAUUAAAAACUUUGUGUUCCAUUCAUUUAAUCAUAAAUUUUCUUCAGCUUGGCCCUUGCAAUUUUUCAAAUUCAUAAAGAAUCGUGGAAAUUUCCAUUCACACAAUCACUCGUAUGACCAACGCCCAAAUGACUUUUAAAAUCGUCAAAGUCAAAUUCCAUCACAACAGGUCCAAAAUGCAAAUCCGGAGAACAACUUAGCUUUGAAUACAGAUGUAGUAAUGCGUACAGCUUAAACUCGUAGAAAUUAUCAUAAUGAGAUGAGUUGUUUACUUCAUGUACUAUACAUAACGCACGACUUCGUGCCCUAUACAAAAACACACCAACAGUACUAUUUGGAAAAAAUAAGACGUAAACAACUGACUUUAUAUCAAUUGUACAGCUUGAUGACAUAAUCGCUGCUAGGCUUCAUAUUUCGACGAUGAAUUACCUAUAAAAAGCCUUGUUCUGAGCAAACAUAAAUCAGUUUUCAUUAUUCGUCGCUACAGCUAAGAUGAAGGCAAUUACUUUAACAGUGUUGGGCUUGAUCCUUGUAUUGUUAUUAUUGAAAAAUGUAACAUAUGCAAAGGAACAUACAGCGGAGGUCUACUUAACAGCUCCGCUAACACAGUGUACAUUACAGUGUAAUCAGGGGUAUCAUAUCGUGGUUAAAAAGGGUACUUUGUAUCAUAAUGGUAGGAAGCUUGACGAAAAUGCACGGUAUCCGCCAAAGAUGGCGUGUGAUUUGGAACAAAGUUGCAACUUUAGACUUACAUCAGAAACAUAUAAUUAUAUGAAUCCAGCCCCACCAACUGGUUCCCAACUUACUAUUAAAUACGAUUGUAAAGAAGAUAAGUUCCAAGGAAAUCCAAGAAGGAUAACAGACUAUACAAAAUUUCAAAAUUGCCCGCAAGACUCCUUUGUUCAGAAACACGUUGCUUAUUUUAACGAUAGAAAUAUCGCCCCUAAUAUCGAUACACCAGAGGCACAAAGGGAAAGGGAAUUGAUUGCCAUGAGCGUCUGUGCUCAAAUCAGACGUUUUAGGCAAAACAACCCACCAGAACUGCAAAUCGAUCCACAUCGUGGCACAGUGUUUUUGAUAUAUGAUAAUAAAUCAGGUAGAAAUGAUUUCAUGCCGAGUCCAGGUGAAAACAAUAAAUGUCAACUCAAGGGGGAUGCUCUUGCCAAUUCAUUCAAGUAUAAUUGCCAGAGAGACGCCAAUAAAUGGACAUGUACUUUUGAGGGCAAGGGAAGUGACGUGGCUAAACAUAACAAAAAUGAUAGUCAUUUAGGAUGAUUAUCAUAUCCAGGAACCAAGGCUCGAACGGGAACCGAAACCGCAACCGAAACCGGAAUUCAUCUCUAGAAAAAACCAAUGUUAAAUAUACUUUUAUCAAAUUCGUAAUAAAAAAUGUUAAUACCGCGG